AUGUCAGAAUCUCUCAAUCCCCCGCUUUCGUACGAGCCCUCGGCUACGACGACUCAUCCCCAUGAGGCGGACUCCCUCCCCUCGGAGGUCAUCGCUUGCCUGAAGAACUCCCGCUUCCUUCAUCUGGCAACAUGUGACAACCUCACGCCUCACAUCUCGCUCAUGUCCUACACCUAUCUCCCCUCGACUCCAUUCGAACCCUACCCAACGAUCAUCAUGACCACCAACCCCGCAUCGCGAAAGACCAACCAUCUUCUCCGAAACCCGCGCGUUUCGCUCCUCGUCCACGAUUGGGUCUCGCACCGCCCGCCCACCCGGGCCUCCAACCCCGAGGGCCCGGAGGAGAAGUGGUGCAAGGAGCGUCACCUGGAGAACAACACUUUCGAGGAAGAGGAGAUCAACCUCUUUGGUCAGCAGCAGCGCGAAGACCCGAGCCAGCGACGGCCGAGUAUGUCCCUCGAGAGCGAUGUGCGUGUAGUAACAGUGCAAGUGCGUGAGGGCCGCAUUGCAGACUGGAAGGGUGGUGUUCGUGACUGGGUCUUGCUUCCUCAGCAGUCUCACGCCGGACUGGUCAAUGGCGUAUAG